AUGGAAUACUACAGCUACGACCCUGACGACUACGUUGUAGAGCGGACGCCAUGUCGUGUUGCUAUCGCGCUGCUCAACUUCCAUGACGCUGUGUCGCGUGGAACCAGGCGGUGCUGCUGGUGUCGCUUGCCGCGGUACGACACCCUGGCCUUCCUCCUGCUGCACGCGGGGUACGUGUCCCAGUGGGCGUUCGACUACCGCUUCUACCAGGCCGGGGGACUGAGCCUCGUCGACGUGGGCAUCGUGGUGGCCGUCCAGCAGGUGGCGCUGGUGCUCGGUCGCAUUAUCCCACUCACCCGAAUGCCCUGUCCAUCGUGGAAGCUGCCCUGCGUCCGCAUACCGAGAGGCCUGCGGUCCUUCGCCCCGCUGGCUUUGGUCAUCGCCACGAUGGCCAAGGCUCGCGGUCAUUUCUACGCAGCGGCUGCGGCGCAGGGCUUCUUGGUCUCGGCCAUCGCGGAGGCGGUGUGCCCCAUCGACGAUGUUGAAAUCUCCGUCUGGCAGGGUUGCGCCAGCCACGCCAUCUGGACUCUGGUGGCCGUGCAAGUGGACUAUCUGCGCUUCGACAUCGGCACCGUCUACCUGACGGCGGCCGGCUGCUACGCGGCAGUUGUCAUCUGCUUGCUGAUGGUCGGACGUUCGGGCCGAAGGCGCUGUUGCUCGUCCCUCGCAAAGAGGGUCUUCCGUGAACGGGACACAACGCGCGGAAGUUCUGACGAGGACGACGGCGACUCAGCGUCUAGCCCUCGAGACGCAUUAUCGUUGCCGCGUCUUCCUGGCCAGUCUCUGAAUUCCAGGCUUCUGUGGCUGGCGUUCUACGCGGAAAGCUCCAGUCGCGUUGCCAUGACCGUGAGCAGUGUGUCCCUUCAGACGGCCGCCAUAUUGGUCCGCGUCGCGUUCCCCGCGGUAGUGGAGGUACCCUGCUACCAGUACGUGCCUUCAUUGCCUAUUCUACUCGUCGUCAGGCUGCUGCUGGAGCAGUUGGCCGCGAGCCAGGCCUCGCGCUGGCCCCAGUCGUGUGGCCGCCUGGUGUUCCUCUUCAGCGGCUACAUAGUAUCCUCGAUGGCGCUGCUGCUGCACUUCCAGACCUACGUGCACCAGGGGGACCUGUGCGCGCUACACAUGAUGCUCGCCUACGCCACGUCGCUCUCGUGCGUAGCCGGAGCCGUGAGGCCCGUCUGGGAGACGCAUCUGGCCGGCUUCAUAUCGGCAGCCAUGUUGGUGUGGCCCGUCGGUCGCAUUGGUCAGUUUGACGCCACGCUGGCCUGGGCGUCUCUGGCUCUGAUGCUGGGCUGCUCCGCGGCCACCAUCUCCUUGGCCGCGUCCCUUUUCAGGCCGACGGGGAUGCACGUCAGGUUUCGACGCAGGCAGCCAGCUCGCCUACGCUGA